ACUAAAAUCAUUUCGUGUAUAGCUUCCUUCCUGUGUCAAUGGACCUGAAUCUGACUUGGACCAAGAUAGAAAGACUAGAAUGUUUAGUGGAAGUAGUCGAGGAAUUAGGCUGGUUGAAAGAAAUAAUGCAUUUGGUCAUGUCAAUCUGUUGCAGCUAACUUCUACUUUGGCGAUCUGUGACAUUUAGGAUUUUGUGAACGAAAAUGCCAACAAGGAAGCACAGUGACAAUGAUGUUAGAGAAGUGAUUCUUUAUUUGCAUGUAUGUUUUUACCUAUGUCUAGCACAAAUCGUGUUGCUCUGGACAUCCUCAUCACAAAAAAACAAAAAAAAAAACAAAGUGCAGUUAUUCAAUGAUACCUUUGAUAAUACAUGAAACAACAAUAAGCUCAUGACAAGCUUGGUUAUCACGUUAACCAGUCAGUUAAAACACUAUUAACUCUAAACUUAAAUUUCAGCAAAUAAUUCAAAUUCUAAGUCUAAAUUCAGACUGACAAAGAAGAAUACAUUACUGUAGGUUGCAUUUACAGUUUCCACCUUUGGAAAAUAAAGUCACCUAAAAUAUAUUUUAACAAAUAACACAUGCAAAGAUAAUUAUAUUUUUAAUAAUCCAAACAACAACAAAAACUAAAACUAAGGAAGGGCUUAACUGCCAAUAACAGAUAUUUUACUCUCUUUUUAUGAUGUCCUAGGAAAUGUGUCAGCUGAACCGAGCAGGCAGUGAUAGAAAACAACGAUGACUGAAUUGCUUAUUCAGAUAAAGAACAACUAGAGUUGGUUGAUCAAGUUUCCAGCUCUUAUCACACAAGUGCAAUCUAACCAAGCAUUUUUCGACUGCAUGACAAAAUUUAAAAACCUAACCAAUGAAAUCCAGCCCCUUUUUAGUGGUUGUUCUUUUUUUUUUUUUGUUUUCUUUUAAAUUCCUCUUAACUUGACCACUUUACUUCUGUGACAGCACAUUUAGCACUUCUAACUGAUCGAUGCAUCAUGGAUAAUAACUCCAGCAUGAACACCUCUGAUUUCGUUCUACCUCCUCGCACCUGGGUGCAUAACGGACUGAUCCCUUCGGUACUGCUGUCCUUCUGCUUUCUCCUGGGAGUUCCUGGAAACAUCGCAGUGAUUCUUUUAAAGCCCAACUGGCAGAACAUGUCCCGCCUGAGCCAGAGUUUGAUGCUCAACUUGGCCAUUUGUGACCUGCUCUCUCUGCUCACUCUCCCACUGUGGAUUUACGCUCUGCUCAACUCCUGGAUAUUCGGCCUUGGAACCUGUAAGCUUUUAGCUUUUCUCGUGUACUGCAGCCUUUACGCCAGCCUGCUGACUGUGACGGCGUUGGGUGUCCAGCGGUACAUUGUGGUGGUGAACCAACAGAGAUGCGUUCAGGUACAAGAAUGUCACCUGCUGGUUCCAUUGUGGUUUGGUGCCAUGAUCCUGUCUAUCCCUGCUUUGGUGAUAGAACAGGAGGAAACUAACGAGAAGUGGACGUACUGCUACCCUCAGUUUUCAUCUCGGGCUCAGGGAUUGGCAGUGCUGCUGGCAGAGACCACAUCUGGCUUUGUUUCCAUUUUUGUCGUGGCCUAUUCCUACAUUCACCUCAACAGGAGGAUUAGACAGACAACCUUCUUCAACCAUCCACAGACGACCAGGCUGCUGACCAGCAUCAUUGUAAGCAAUUUUGUUCUGUGGUCUCCUCUUCUUACCAUAAAUAUGUUGGCCCUGGGAGCUCUCUGCUUCGAAAAUGACAGCUUGUUGAAGUUUUGCGUGGACAUAUGGGACAUUGUCAAAGCAAUGGCUUUUCUGAAUAAUUGCAUUAACCCACUGCUGUAUGCCUUUAGCGUCCAUAAAAUGUGCAGAGCCUGCAUGAACCAAGAAGAACUGGCACAGCCUUCACAAACACUGAAUAUAAGUACAGUUGCAGAAACUAUGAUUAUCAAACCAAUAAAUGAAUAAAUAAACGAAAGCAUAGUAUUACCGAUAAAAGUGAA